GGAACUGUUGCCAAGGUAGAAGGCUACUCCAUGUCACCCACAGUCAAUCCAAAAGUUGGUACCAGAGUAGAUUUGGUUUGGAUUGAUAGACUUUCUUUGUUACUGAAGGAUAUAAGACGAGGAGAAGUUGUUGUUCUUGCAUGUCCCUAUAACAAAAAUAAAAAGCUAAUCAAGAGAGUUGUAGCUCUCGAAGGAGAUCAUAUUUGGAGUAGAAAGGAAAGCCGAUUAACAUAUAUACCUCUUGGACACUGUUGGGUAGAAGGCGAUGAACAAGACAAAAGUACCGAUUCCAACCAAUUAGGUCCCGUGAGUGGUUUCUUUUAUCUACGCUAUUAACCUUGAAGUGUAACUGAACGAGUAUUUGAUUGCAAAUAGGUAC